AUGCUGGCCUGUUCGCAGGAGGGCACAGAGGCUGCUGGCACACCGGCUGUGCGAGUGGGAGACAAAAUCUCCUCCGAACACCUGGGAAUCUCAGCCACUGCAGCGGCUCCUUCCUGCUCGAGGCGAGGCGUGCACAGCCCCACGCGCUCUGCAGGCAGCAAUUCGCUUACCUGCACCAGAGCUUCGACAGGUCAGAUCCCCGGCCUGGCGCGGGGCACCGGGGCCAGCGGACAGUUCACCCGAACACUGACGGCCCCUCCACCCCGCUCGGCCGGGCCCCCAGUCCCACGCUCGGCCGGGACGCCGUCCCGCCCGGAUACCCGGACCGCCCGGAUCCCUGCCCCUCUGGGAGGCCCCCCACCCCCGCGCCGGGACCCCAGCCGGGAGACCCGCUCCGCGGAGCGCGGGGCCCCACCCACGGGCACUGGAAAACCACCGGCCCCAGAAUGCAGCGCGGCAGAGAGACCGGCGCGCGGGCCCGAGGCGGCGCGGGUUCCGGUCCGCGGAGCGUGGUUCCCGGCGGAAACCGUUCCGCAGCAGAGGGCCCGCGCGCUCGGUUCCGGGCCGCACCCCGCCCCUCCCGCGGACCCGGAGCCCGCGGGCGGAAACCCGAGCUGCGAGCCGUCUCCUCCCCCGACGCGGCGGCCGCGGGAGCCUGCGAUCCACGCCCCGCCCCGGGCCAGGUCCCCGGGUUGCCCAGACGACGGCGCAAGCCUGCGGGGGCGGUUCCCGGGGUUCCCGUUCCGCCUCCCCCGCGAAUGGCUGCUCGGCCGGCGAGCGGCCGCGCCCUUCCCGCCCCGCCGGCCGUCCGCCCGGCGUCCCGCGUCCAGCGUCUGCGCCGCUCCCGAGGGCGGUGCCCGUCUAGAGGACCCCGGCGCAGCCGGCCCGACCCCGUGCCCUGUCUGCUGCGCGUGCGAGGGGGACCCGGGCUGGCCGGCGGCCUCCUCACUGCCCGCGCCGCUGGAGACCGGGUCUGUCGCAGACCCGGCGAGCCCAGCCGGCCACACGCUUGCUGAGGGCCGGCUGCUCCGGCGCCAGCGUGCAGGCGUGGACACGCUUGUCCCCCGAAUGGCCCCGAGAUGCGUCCUCUCACCGUCCCCACUUCACAAAAGGACGGGUGGGUGGCCAGCGGCCUUCCCAAAGCCAGGAGUUGCGCCCCUCGCCUCCCCGGCAGCCGCCUUCUAA